UCUCUCCCUCCCUCUCUCAUCUCUCUCUCUCUCUUAGGGUUUCAAAAUGAAUCGACAGAAAUCAAUUCUUUCAUACAUGCAAAAGAAACAAGAAGACCAGAAAUCUACGAUUCCUUCUAAUGCUAACAAUUUUCCUUGUCAGUCUCAAAAGCAAAAUCAAACGAGAUUUGAACAAUUUGGUAUGGGGAAAAAUAAUCUAGAAGAUGAUUUUGUAGUGGUAGGAACUGAUACUCCACCAGAGAAGUUGCCUCGUAAGAUUCUCCCUUCAAACUUUAAAGCUAAUCAUCCUGAUGCCGCCGGUGCUGCUGGAUCUUCUUUGUUUUCAAGUAUAUUGCACAAAUUUUCAAGGGAAGGUCAUGAAAAACCGAAUCAAAGGAACCAAGGUGAUUGUGGUUUAUUUAAUAGUUCAUCGAAAAUUAGCAAAAAUGAUGAUGGAUUAUUUAAACAACAAACACCUGUGAAAAACUCACAAACAACUAGUAUUGAAGCCAAGCUCAGUGAUAAUAAUUUUGGUUUAGGGGAUCUUUCAGAUUGUGGAAUUUUGGAUGAUUUUUUUGGCCUGGAAACACCAGCUAAUACACGACCUCUUGUUCCUCGUUUCAAAAGAGUUCAACAAGAUUUUAUGGGUUUCAAUGCUGAUGAUGAUAAGAAUGUUUCGGACUUCGCGAAUAUGAAAAGUAAAAGAGUGAAGUUAAUUGAAGAAGAACCAGUUAAUGAGAGCAAGAAAUCCACAAUGAAUAAGUUUGAAUGGCUUAAUGAUAAGAAUGUAUCGGACUUUUCGGAUUUAAGAUCUAAAGGAGUUAAUUUAUUUGAAGAAGAACCAGUUAUUGAGAGCAGGAAAUCCCCGACAAAAACAUUUGAAGCUAAUAAGAGUAAUUUUGAAUGGCUUAAUGAUAAGAAUGUUUCUCCAUUUCCGGAUUUGAAAAGUAAGAGAGUGAAGUUCCUUGAGGAAGAACGAGCUAAUGAAAGCAAGAAAUCCACAACAAAAACAUUUGAAGCUAAUAUGAGUAAGUUUGAAUGGCUUAAUUCUUCUUCGAUUAGAGAUGCCAGUGGGAGACGACCUAGGGACCCUCUGUAUGACAAGAGGACACUUUAUAUACCACCUGAUGAUAUGAAAAAGAUGUCUGCAUCACAAAAACAGUAUUGGAGUGUUAAGUGUCAAUAUAUGGAUGUUCUGCUCUUCUAUAAAGUGGGUCAGUUUUAUGAGCUAUAUGAAUUAGACGCCGAAAUUGCCCAUAAGGAGCUUGACUGGAAGCUUACAUUUAGUGGUGUCGGGAAAUGCAGACAGGUUGGUAUAUCUGAGGCUGGAAUUGAUAAGGCUGUUCGUACGCUGAUUGGUCGUGGGUUCAAGGUUGGACGAGUAGAAAAGACAGAGACAUCAGAGCAAGCCAAAACUAGAGGAAGAACUGCGAUUAUUCAAAGGAAACUAGUUCAAGUUGUCACACCAGCAACUACAAUAGAUGGUAACAUUGGGCCCGAUGCUGUCUAUUUACUUGCGUUAAAAGAGGAGCAAUGCGACACUGAAAAUGGUUUGAUUGUAUACGGAUUCGCUUUUGUUGACUGUGCCUCGUUAAAGUUUUGGGUUGGUUCCAUAACAGACGAUGCUUCCUGUGCAGCUUUGGGGGCUUUGUUGAUGCAAGUGGCACCUAAGGAGGUUAUAUAUCAAAGCACUGGGAUGUCUAAAGAAGCUCAAAAAGCGCUCAAUAAGUAUUCAUCCGCAGGUUCUGCUAAGUUGCAACUGACUCCUUCACCAUCAGACUCAGAUUUUACUGAUGCUUCCAAGGUCAGGCAGAUGAUACAUUUCAAGGGGUACUUUAGAGGGUCUCUUAAUUCCUGGGGUUCUGCACUUGAUGGUGUUAUUCACCGUGAUAUAACCAUCUCUGCGCUUGGGGGACUUGUUUGCCACUUAUCCAGGUUAAUGCUUCAUGAUGUUUUGUCCAAUGGAGAAGUUUUACCGUACCAAGUCUACAAGGGUUGCCUCAGGAUGGAUGGGCAGACCCUGGUAAACCUUGAGAUUUUCACUAAUAAUGUCGAUGGGGGCUCCACAGGUACUCUAUAUAAAUAUCUUGAUAACUGUGUGACAUCAUCUGGUAAACGACUUCUACGGAGCUGGAUUUGUCAUCCAUUAAAGGACGCGGGGGAGAUCAAUAACAGACUUAAUGUAGUUGAGGAACUAAUGAAACAUUCAGAUAUAACACUUGUUGUCACUCAAUGUUUGCGCAAGCUUCCUGACCUAGAGAGAUUACUUGGCCGCGUGAAGGCUAUUGUUCGGUCAUCGGCUUCUCUUCUUCUACCCUUACUUGGAACCAAAUUACUAAAACAACGAAUCAAAGCAUUUGGCUCACUUGUGAAAGGGCUGCGGGUUGGACUGGACCUUUUAAUGAUCCUACAGCAAAAAGAACGUGAUAUUUCAGCAUUGUUAAAUUAUCUGGUUGUACCGCCGUUAUGCGGUAGCAAUGGGCUUGACGAACACCUUACCCAAUUUGAAGCAGCAGUUGACAGCGACUUUCCCAAAUUCCAGGAUCAUCAUGUUUCAGACUGCGAUGCUGAGACUCUCGCUGUUCUAAUUGAAUUAUUUGUUGAAAAAGCUAUUUUAUGGUCUCAAGUAAUUGAUGCUCUCAGCUGCAUUGAUGUGCUAAGAUCUUUCGCAGCGACUGCAAACUCUUCAUGUGGGUCUAUGUGCAGACCUGUUCUGCUGCCCGUCACUUCUGGGCCCAUGGUCUCAUGCCAAGAGAGAGGACCUACACUUUCAAUCAAAGGGCUCUGGCAUCCAUAUGCUUUCGGAGAAACAGUGGGUGAAGUAAUUCCAAAUGACUUGCAUCUAGGGGAGGACGCAGACAGAUCUUGCCCUCGUACGUUGCUGUUGACAGGUCCAAACAUGGGUGGAAAAUCAACCCUGCUCCGAUCUACAUGUUUAGCAGUGAUCGUAGCCCAGCUAGGCUGCUUUGUGCCUGGUGAGACAUGCAUGUUAUCACCUGUGGAUACUAUCUUCACACGGCUUGGUGCAACUGAUCGAAUCAUGACUGGCGAGAGUACCUUUUUUAUUGAGUGUAUGGAGACAGCUUCUGUUCUUCGAAAUGCCACUGAUGAUUCCCUUGUUAUUCUCGAUGAACUCGGUCGGGGAACAAGCACCUUCGAUGGAUAUGCUAUAGCAUAUGCUGUGUUUCGCCACCUUGUUGAAAAGGUCCACUGUCGAUUACUCUUUGCAACUCACUACCAUUCUCUCACCAAGGAAUUUUCUUCCCAUCCUCAUGUAUCACUCCAACACAUGGCCUGCUCCUUUAAACCCAGUACCAGCAAAAGCUUGUUUAAAGGCGAUCAGGAGUUAGUUUUCCUUUAUCGUCUCACUUCUGGAGCAUGUCCAGAAAGUUAUGGAUUACAAGUGGCUCUAAUGGCAGGGAUACCAGAAAAACUAGUCAGAGCUGCAUCAAGAGCUGGUCAAGUGAUGAAAGCAUCUGUUGCAGAAAACUUCAAGUCGAGUGAGCAAAGGGCUUCCUUUUCGACGCUUCAUGAACAGUGGUUGAAGACUGUAUUGGCUUUAGCAAAAGGCUCAGAAGAAGAAUGCAGUUCGGAUGAAGAUUCGUGGGAUACAUUACUUUGUUUGUGGCUUGAGAUGAAGAGCUUAUACAAAGACUGAAAGGAAACAUGAACAGACUGGCCUAUGUAUGAGCCUUUACAUUCAAGGAAAUUCAAGAAGACUAGUGUUUGUGAUCAAUUUUGUAAAGAAAUGGAAAGUUUAUGUUUGUUUCAGAGUUGGUAAAUUAGUUUCGUCAUAUCCCUAUGUAAUUGCGUUACUCACCUCUGUAAAGUGUAAAGUCAUGUUGCUAUUGUCUACAAGAUGGACUUCCAUGUGAUGCGGGUCUCUUUAGCUGGUUUUGGUAUGUUGAUAGGCAACAACAUUUUAUUUACUUUGCUUGUACUGACUCUUCCAAUUUAGUGAGUAAUUAUUUUGUGUGG